GGUCAUCUCCCUGUCAGUUUCGAAAUGUGAAUAUAUAUUGACUUGAUUAGGCGUCAUAUGAAUUUUAAUGUUAAUUAAUUUUAUUCAUCUUAUUGUUUUAUUCCGUUAAUUAUUGUGUGAUUCAAAUAACACUUUCAUCAUGAUUGGCAAGAUUUUCACAUUAACUGUUUUGUACUUCGUUCAGGGCUUACCGUACGGAUUUCAAGAUAAAUUUAUUCCUAUGUAUUUAAGAUCAACUGGAUUAUCACAUACUCGAUUAUCUCUCAUGAAAUUGUUGCUUUUACCGUGGUUGUGUAAAGCUGGUUUUGCACCGUUAAUUGACCUCUUUUUCACAAAGUGGCUUUGGCUUUUAUUUAGUUUAGCUGCUUUAACAACCAUUUCUCUUUUUGGUAUAAUAAUAAACACUGAGUAUUUUGUAUUGAUGUCCAUAUGGUUAUUAUUUCUUAAUUUAUUUUCUGCAAUUCAGGAUGUUUCAGUGGAUGCUUUAGCAUUGCAGUUAUUGCAAGAAUGUGAAAUGGGACAUGGAAAUACAGCCCAAGUUGUGGGUUAUAAAUUAGGAGCCUUAUUCGGUGGGGGUAUACUAUUUUGGGUUCAUUUUUAUCAUGGCUGGAGUUACUUAUGUCUUUCACUUGCUAGUCUGUACAUUAUGUCUGUUGUUGCAGUUUUGCCUAUGUAUACUCACAAUUAUUUCACAAAAGUGAAAUCUGAUGGACCGAAACGUAAAAAUAGCAAUCCUACGACAGAAUUAAAGGAUGAAACUAUUGAAUCGCAUGAAAGUAAAAGACCAUUUAGUAUUGAAGAAUCUCAUGAGAAUUUACUUCGAAAAAGGCUUAAUAUCAAAAAGGAGACUUUAGAAUCAGAAGAUGAAACUAAAGAAGCAAAAUUAGCAUCAUCACCUUCAGAUAAAAAAUACAAUAUAUGUGAAAUACCACAGAUAAUAUUUUCAACUAAAGGAACAAUACCAGCUAUUGUUUUUCUGCUUUUAUAUAAAUUAGGUGAAAGAGGAGCAUUGUCGUCAUUUCCUUUAUUUCUGGUUGAUCAGGGUGUUUCUACGAAAGAGAUAGGUCUGUGGAGUGGUAUAUUUGGUCAGUUAUCAUCACUUUUGGGAUCAAUAUGUGGUGGCUGGCUUAUAGCAAGGAAAUGGAAUUUAUCUCUCUUUCUGCAUUAUGUGUUAAUUGCAAGAAGUGGACCAAUAUUUUUACAAUGGAUAAUUGUAAAUUUGUGGUAUCCGGGCAUUCCUUCAGUUUUUCACUCAUUAUUGUUUUUUUUCAGUGCAGCAAGUCUUUGUGCUCUAGAAUUCACUGCUGGUUUAGUAACAACCUCAGUUUUCACUCUGAUGAUGUCUUGUUCAUUGAAGGCUCCUCCUACUUUCCAAGCCACACAUUAUUCUGUUUUGUCAUCUGUUGAAGUUGCUGGAAAAUUAAUCUUUUCUUCUAUGAGUGGAGCUUUGAUUGAUUGGAUGGGCUUGUCACAAGUGUAUUUUAUGUUUUUUAUUUUAUCUUCUGCAACUGUCUUAAUAAUUCGUUUCAUUGAUUAAUGUCUAAUCAUCACUUACUAUUAACUUUAGGUUAAUAAAUGUAAUAUUAGAUUAUUAAGAAUGGCUUUAAAAAAGAUAUUUUGUAAGGGUGUAAUAACAUUUAGAGGCAAUUUAUUAAUUUCAAUAACAAUAAUUUUUAUUGGUAAUACAGAGUGUCCCAUACAACCUACUGUUUCAUGCUUUAUAAACAUAAAUUAUUAAAUUUACAUCCAUGCUGUCACUGUUAGAGUAACAUGAUGAACACAAUGACUGUGAUCAAUUUGUCGUCCUAGCCUGCGCUUACUUUCUUUUACAAAAGAAGCUUAAUUAUGUUUGAAGAAUUAGAAAAUAGAACUCAGGGUUCAUAAAAUUUCUAGGUAAGCAUCCUGUGUAAGACACUAUCCAAACUUAAUAAUUGUGCCCAUUUAAAAAGAAAAAUAAAAAGGCAUUAGACAACAUAAAGACUGAGAUCGACUUGUCAUUAUGUUCUGCACUGACUUGCUUUUAUGAAAGAAACUUAAUUAUAUUUGAAGAAUUGGUCAGAAAGCAGUAUUUAAACUUCACAAAAUUUCCAGAUAGGCAUCAUAUAUAAAAAGCUAUGCAAACUUAAUAAAUGAGCACAUUUUUAAAAAAGGGGCAUCAGAAAACAUACAUAAACAGAACCAUAUGACGAAAUGUGUGACAUUUCUUGCUGCUUUUUUAGCUAAAUGUUUUUCAUAACUUUUCCUAUGUUGACCAUUAAUUCUAUUAGGGUCAGGAGUUUGUAAUGUGGGAUAUUUAUUAUUAGAAAGUUUCAUUUAUUCUUUUUUCAAAAUUAUGAUGAACUGCAUUUAAAGAUUUAGCUAUGUUCUAAAUCAAUAUUGUACUAGAAAAACAAAACAAAAAAAAAUGUAUAUUGAUCACUUAAUUGUGUAAUUCAAGUUAUGAAAGUCUAAUAAUUUGCCUCAUAUUUUCUUACAGUGAUGGAAUGGGAUAGUUGAGGGAAAUAUUUAUGGUUUUUCUCAUGUGUAAUACAGUCAAAAGUCGUUAAUCCGGACUCGUCGGGACUUAAAAAAAUUCCGGCGAUUCCGGAUUAUCGAUUUUUCCGGAUUAUAGAUCAUCACU